AAACUGCUACUACUAUCUAUGGUUCGAAUUUUGAAUUUUAUAGUUUCCUCAAGCUUGUAAACCAAUCCACAAUUUAAAUAAAUCGUUUUUAUUAAAGUAUCUGUACUUACAUACUAGAAGCGAUUUAAAAAUACUGUUAUAAAAACAAUAUGACUGUUGGGGAAACAGGCCAAAAUUUGCCAUGGGUUGAAAAAUAUCGCCCAAAAAGAUUGGAUGAUUUAGUAUCUCAUGAUGAUAUAAUAAAAACAAUAAAUCAAUUUAUGAAAGAGAAUCAGCUCCCACAUCUACUAUUCUACGGUCCUCCUGGAACCGGGAAGACAUCUACCAUUCUAGCCUGUGCCAAACAAAUGUACACUCCACAGCAAUUUAGUUCGAUGGUGUUGGAACUUAAUGCUUCUGACGAUAGAGGCAUUGGCAUUGUUAGAGGUCAGAUACUCAGUUUUGCCUCAACAAGGACUAUAUUUAAAGCAGGACCUAAAUUAAUUAUACUUGAUGAAGCUGAUGCUAUGACAAAUGACGCUCAGAAUGCACUAAGGAGAAUACUUUUAAAGUUGAGACAAAUUGGAGUUAUGUCAGAUAGCGAUGAUAAUGAAGUUCAGGGUCAAACAAUCAAGAUCACUGUUGUCGGUGAACCCGCGACUGGAAAGACUAGUUUAUGUACACGCUAUCUGGGGAGCAAUGCGAGUUAUACAGGUGGAACUCAAGGAGCUGAAGUGAUGGCCGGCCAGUGUCUGGGGCUCCGCCCCCCUGUGCCUCUGCAGUUGUGCGAUGUGGCCGGUAACGCAAUUCAUACAAAAAUGCUGGCUAAUUACUUGUAUGCCUCUGAUAUUAUACUCUUCGUGUACGACUUGACAAAUUUGCAAAGUUUUGAGAAACUGAAAUUGUGGGUUUCAACUAUUAAGAACAUUAUUGAAUCAGAAACAAAGAAACCUCUGUUGGCAUUGUUUGGUAACAAAUCUGAUUUGGAACACCAGAGGGCCGUCAGAAUAUCGUGCGUGCAAAAGUUUGCAUCCGAACAUUUGUUGGAAAAUUUCAAAGGUUCAGCGAGAACCGGAGAUAUGGUUAAUACUCUCUUCACGACUUUAGUAAGUAGAGUAAUGGGAGUGAAAGUGAGUCGACUGCCGCAUUCGUCGGUCAACACAAAGUCGCCUGUGCUCAAGGAGAACGAAAUAAAUUGUCAUUCACCGCUGCCCCUGCAAGCCGAGCCCACUCAUACUCUCAUCAUGAAUAGAAAAGCGUUGAGGAAAAUCCAAUGGAAAGCCUCUUCGACAGUUUGUUCUGUACAAUAAAAUAAGUUGUUUAAA